AAAAAAAAAAAAAAGAAAAAAAGAAAUAAUAAUAAAAAUUUGAUCGUUUAGAUUCUAUGAACUAAUGGCAGGGUUCGAAAAUUGGCUUGAAUAUUUUUAUUAUAUAUUAGGGACUUAUUGAUGAUCGAGGCAUUAAUUAAAAUUACCUACGGUACUGCAGAUUUUUUAAAACUAGGAGUUAGCAUUAUUUAUUUUCUUACAACUACGCAGUAUUCGUGUAUAAAUAUAUUUUAUGAGAAUUUAAGUAAUUGUAAAAAAUAUAAAAUUAAUUAAAAAAUUUUUUACUUCUUUUCGAUAUCACAAGCAUUAAAAAAAGUUAUUAUUAAAUGAAUGACGCGACACUUCAAAAUAAAAAGUUAUAGUCACUGACAAACAAUAAAACAAUUAUACAUAACUCAUUAGUCUCUGAUUUCACCACUUAGUUAAUUAAGCGGAUUUAUUUGAAUUUUACUUAAACCAAUUAAUCAAUAAUUGACUUCCAUUCUUAAAUAUUUCGACGAUUUGUCUAAUAUAGUGAAUUAUAUUUUUAUUUUGAAAAACUGUAUUUGUCAUCAAUUGUAAAAAUAUAAAACUUUAAUAAAUUAGACAGAUGAAAAUUAAUAUCAAUAAACAAUAUUAAUUAAUUGAAAUUUGAAAGGAAAACAACUUGCAGAACAUCAGGCAAAAUGCCAUCAUUAAUCUUAUGUGAAAUAUUAUUUUUAAUUAUGGUAGUCGAUAAUUCAUUUUCUUUGAAUAAUGAGAAUGAUUAUAAUCAAUGCGCUUCGAGAAAUGCUGAAUGUAAUGUUGAAACUGCACGUCCAUGUUGCGAUCCAAAUGACCAUUGUAAAAAUAGCCAAGCAGACAAUUCAUUUAGAUGUAUUGGAAAAAUGCGAUUAGGGGAAUUUUGCGAAAGCGAUGCAGAUUGUGAUGAAAUACGGCAUUCAAAAUGUUCAAAAGAUAGAACGUGUAUUUGCAGGUCGAAUAAUGUUGAAUUUAAUGAAACGACCUGCGCACCAGUUUUAGGUGGAUUUUGUUGGAAAAAUGAAACAUGUGCGACCGAUAACGCUGUUUGUAUUAAUAAUGAAUGUCAAUGUAAAGAUAACUAUUUCCCACGAGGCAACACCCAGUGUAUAUUUCAUACGUUAGGUGUGUCUUGCGAGAACGAUGAAAUUUGUGAGCAAGUCAGGUUUGCAAAAUGUUCGGAACGAAAGAUUUGUAGCUGUUCAUCGAGUACUGUUAAAGUUAAUUCAACAUAUUGUGCACCAACUGUAGGUGGUUUUUGCUGGACAACAGAUGAUUGUCUACCAAGUAAUUCUAUCUGUGUUGCAAACAGGUGUAAAUGUAAAGAGUUUGAUCCUUUUAAAUUCCAGCCAAAAUGCAUUCCAGCUCAGUUAGGGGUGCAUUGUAGAGAUGAUAAUGAUUGCAAAACAAUACCGAACGGAAAAUGUUCUGAAUACAAAAAAUGUAGUUGCAAAGAUAAUUAUGCUCAAUAUAAUAACACAUCAUGUGCACUACUUCUUGGUGAGUAUUGCUCUAAAGAUAAACUAUGUGCACCUCUUAACUCUAGUUGUACAAAUAAUGUAUGUACAUGCGAUAAGGGUUUUUUUGCGAAAUCGUCUCAUUCAUGUUUGCAAUAUCACUUGGGAAUGAGCUGUCAAGUAGAUGAAACAUGUGAAACAAUACUGUACUCACAUUGUUCGAAUAGACAGUGUAUUUGUAAAGGAGGUUAUGCUAUGUUUAAUGAAACGAGUUGCGCACCAGUACUAGGUGAAUAUUGUAGGAAAAGUCAACAAUGCGCAUCUUUGAAUUCACAGUGUAUUGACAAUAUAUGCCUGUGUAAAACUGAUUAUUUACUACAAUUCGAUACCAAAUGCGUGGCAAAGUAUUUAGGACAAUCAUGCAAAGAAAAUGAUGAUUGUAAUAAAAUAAAAUUUGCAAUAUGUUCUCACGAUAAAAAAUGUGUGUGUAACUUGAAUUAUGUUGCUCUUGGUAUCAGAAAAUGUAUUGCGCUCAUAGGUGAAUAUUGCGACCAAGAUGAGGAAUGCAUUACAUAUAAUACUAUUUGUAUAAAUAAUAAAUGUCAAUGUCCAGCUAGAUAUGCUACAGAGUCUAAACGAGAAUGUGAACACGUUUCAAUAGGUGUAACCUGUCAGAAAGACUCUGAUUGUAAGUCAUCGAUAAAAAAUUCAGUGUGUUCAAACGAUGCAGUAUGUGUCUGUCGACCUAAUUUUUACGUAUUAAAUAAUUCAGAAUGUGUGCCUUCGUUGUCAGAAUAUUGUUUGAAUAACGACGAGUGUCGAUUUAAUUUUUCUAUCUGCAUUAACAAUAAAUGUCAAUGCCAAAAAAAUUUCAGAUCUCUUUCAAGAAAUCAGUGUAUUCCAUUUAUUUCUGCAUAUCGUUGUAAUCUAAAUUCAGAUUGUGGCGAUCCAUGGCACUAUAAGUGUUCAGCAGACAAAAUAUGUGUUUGUAAUUCAAACAAUACAUCAAUAGACAAAUCAACAUGCUCCCCUCUCUUGAAUGGCUAUUGUUGGAUGGAUCGUCAAUGUGUCGUUCCGAACUCUUUUUGUUUUGAUUACCGAUGCAAAUGCAACAAUAACUUUGUGGCUGUAUCUGAUAAUCUGUGCUUGUCACUCUGAUAAACUUUCUAUUUACACUUCUUUAAAUUCGUUACAUACAAUUAAUUUAAAUAAUUUUCAUUCAAUGAGCUUAAUCACUUAGUUAUUUACAGUAUAAAGUAUGAAUGUAUACUUUGCCUAAUAUUCUGCAAUUAAUACUAUUUCUGUAUCUAUCUGCU